AGCAAGAUGGCUUCCACUUCCGGUCUCGAGCCCCGCCCCUUCCGGUGGCGCAGCCGCAGAGCGCGCGGCGGCCCCGAGCGAGGCGGCGGCCCGUCAUGGCGGAGCGCGCCGUGUGGCGAUAUCGCGGGCGGCGCCGAGAGGGCCCGGACGCGCUGCUCAUUUUCAAAUGGGAGACUCCAGAAUUCUGCAAAUGUGAAUUUUACCUUAUAUAAGAACAAUGACACCACUAAUCCUAGAAAGAAGCACAGAAGGAUCCUGGUGGCUGAAACCGACAGACUCUCCUACAUGGGAAGCAAUUUUGGAGCGGGAGUUCUGAAAUGCAACUCUUUAUGCAGCUACUUCGUCGGUGCCUUGAACAAGGAUUCUGGGAAAAUGGAAAUUUUUGAUGCCGAACUGUUUAACAUGCAGCCGGUGUUUUCAGAUGACUUAAACGAGAGCGAAGCCGCCUCAGAAAAUCAGGCCAAAACGUACCGAGAAAAAGUGGAUUCUUGCAUCGAAGCCUUUGGCACAACCAAACAGAAGCGAGCCCUGAACGCCAGAAGGAUGAAUGCAGUUGGCAGUGAAACUCUAAACAUAGCCGUUGCCAAAGCAGCGGAAAACAUCAUAGAUACGAGGGGUGUGGAUGCUUUAGUGAGUGAGGCAACUCUGGAUAAAUUGCAAGAGGAAUCCGUCUUCCUGCCUCCGUGCCACGACGAUGGCGCCAAACCAGAAGACGUUUACAGGUUUGAAGACCUUAUUUCCUCCGAGGAAUACGAAGCCCUGCAGACUCCAUCUGAAGCUUUUAAGAACAUCACGUCCGAAGAAAUACUGAAAAUGGUCCAGACGAGCAGUCACUGCUCCUUUGUUAUAGAAGCGCUGAAGUCGUUACCUUCCAACGAAGAGAUCCGUGACCACAAGGCCCGCUGUCUUUGGUAUCUGAAUACUCUCGUGAGAUUUGGCUUCCAGAAGGUGAUAAAGCGGAAAAGUGCCCUGGGGCAAGGCAUUCCUCACAUCAUUAACUCUAAACUCCUGAAAAACUUCACCGUCUUAACGUAUAACGGUGGCAGGGUCCAGAACUUGAUCUCGGCUUCGAUGGAGGCCAAAAUAACAGCUUACGUCAUAGCGCUGGCCUUGCACGUGAGUGACUUCCGGAUCGAUCUGACCGUGUUACAGAGGGACAUGAGACUCGGUGAAAAAAGGAUCCUGGAGAUCGCCAAAGCCAUGCGAUUGAAGGUCUCCAAAAGGCCGGUGCCUGUGGGAGCUGAAGAGGAGGAUCACAAAAUGGGAAUUCUGACCCUCCCCCUACCCGUCUACCGGCCUCCCAACAGCCAACGGAAGCGCAAGAAGAUGUUCUGAGACCCCGCCGGCCGGCGUUUCCGAGAGAGAGUCGCGUCGCCUCACGCGAGACCCCGCCGGUGAAACCGCCCGGCGGCGGCUCCUCGCGCCGUCGGGCUUAUCCGGCCGGGAACCGGCAUUGUGAUCCCGCGGAGGACCGACCCGUUGACCGGGAAAACAGAUUAAAGGCUGCUCCGACGCUGA